AUGACCUGCUCUGUAUCCUCUCACGCGGUGGCCUUGGCCACCGCCAUGGCCGUCUCCGGCACCCUGAUCUUCCUCGUGAUCUGUCGGCAGAGACCUCCCGGGCAGUUGGCCGGCACAGAUCCCCCUCCCGCCUUUCCCCGGCCGUGCAUCGCCGGUACGCUGCUGCUCCUUUCCCUCUCUGUUCCUCUGGACUCCUAGCAGUAGUCUCUGUGAUCUUCUUCUUCUUCUUUCCUUUCUUCACCGGAGAGGCCCCUUUCUUUUCUUUUUUGAGCCAAAACCUGCAGAUCCGAAGAAGAAGAGGAGCCAGCGGAGGGCGAGCAAGACGGGGGGAAGGAGGGUCCAUUUUGCGGAGCGCGUGAUGGAGAGGUACAUUGAAGGCCGCAGGUCCCAGUGGGAGGAGGAAGAAGACUCCCCCCCAACCGGGAUGGUGGAGGUCGCGACCCCGCCGGGGAUUCCACGCGUCUGCGGCGGCGACGGCGGCGGCGGCGUGUCGGAAUGCAGGCACCUGGGGCGCGGAGUAAUGCCGGCGAACUGGGUAGCUCUGUACAGCGGGAUGCUGCGGGAUCGCAACCACCGGGUCAUUUGCUCUUACUGA